AUCCUGUAUGAAAAUAUCUUUAACUUUAUAAAUUUAUAAAUUGGUUCUUUCCAAAAAAUAAUUGAUUAUAUGCAUACAUAUGGUGGUGGUAUACACAUCACCAUAUUAUCCCGAACACCAUCAUUGUCAAUGGCAGCAGCUGCCACAACUCCUGCAACAAUAACAACAACAACAACAACAACAGCAUCUUCGUCAUCAUCUGCUACAAGUGCAGCUGCUGCUGAUUUGUCAUAUGAGGCUUUUAUAGCCUACAGGAGGAGUCAACCAGGACCCAUAUCCGACAGGGCCAAUAGGAUAUGGGUCUCAAAUAAUGGGGCAGAUCUCCCCUCUUUUCGUUGGGGGAGAAGAAGAAGAAAUGGGAGGGGGUGGGUGGGAGGUGGUGUUACGUAUAAUUAUAAUUAUAAUUGA